AUGAUCUUUGCAUCGGAUCGUCCUCGUCUUAGCAUCCCCACCACCCAUUCCAUCUGGGACUUCCUCUUCGACUCUGAAUACUCAUGUCUUGGUCGAACGCCAGCAGCUGAACUGGCAGGUUUCAGCAAUUCUGUAACCAAAGAACGAGUCCGGUAUGAUACCCUCAAGGACUACACCACCUACCUCUCGACGGCCCUUGUGAGAAAAUAUGGCCUUCAACCGGGCGAAACGGUGGCUUUGUUCAGUCCCAACACCAUCUGGUAUCCGGUAGCCAUGCUGGGAACUAUCCGUGCAGGCGGUAUUAUUUCCGGUGCAUCGCCGGCAUACAAUAUCGAAGAAAUGACCUAUGCGCUCAAAACUGCGCAAGCUAAAAUUCUCAUGACGGUACCGUCGUCGAUGUCGGUUGCUAUUCCUGCUGCGCAGAAUGCUGGUAUUCCCGGAGAGCGGAUUUUCCUGCUUGAGGGUGACCAUGAGGGGUAUACGACUAUGCAGCAACUGCUGGAGAUGGGCAAGAGCUACGGAUCGGAUCAGACACUGGCGUUCAAGAUUGCCCAGGGAAAAACGAAUCGUGACGUUUGUGGGUUUUUGAGCUUCAGUAGUGGUACCACUGGGCUUCCUAAAGCUGUCAUGAUCGCCCAUCAUAAUGUUAUUGCUCAAUGCAUGCAAGUCCAACAAGUGACUCCGGUGGAUUACAAGAGAGCACUCGCCGUAUUACCUCUUUUUCACAUCACCGGUCUCGUACACCAGAUGCACCUCCCAGUCCUCCUCAACAUCGAGGUCGUGAUGAUUCCAUCCUUCACAAUGGACAGUAUGCUGAAAGCCGUCUCUGAGUACAAGAUCUCAGACCUGCUUCUCGUACCUCCACUUGUUAUCCGCUUGGUGCAUGAUUCCACCACUUCAAAAUACGACCUUUCUCACGUCACUCGUUUCACCUCAGGCGCCGCACCCAUCUCCGGCGAACUCUUACAGAAACUGGAGGUCAAAUUUCCCCAAACCGGCUUCAAGCAGGGAUACGGCAUGACAGAAUCCUGCAGCUGCAUCACCACUCAUCCCCCGGAAAAACAAUCGUACAACUACGCAGCGCGCGUGGGUACCAUCGUUGCUAAUACGGAUGUCAAGAUAAUCGACGUCGAUACCGGCAAGGAGCUUGGCUACAACGAGCAGGGCGAGAUCCUUGCUCGUGGACCGCAGAUUACCAUGGGAUACUUGAACAAUGUGAAAGCGACCCGCGAGACGUUCGAUGCAGAGGGCUGGCUGCACACGGGUGAUGUGGGCUAUAUCGACCACGAAGGCUUCAUCACAAUCACGGACCGCAUUAAGGAAAUGAUCAAAGUCAAGGGGAUUGGCGUGUCGCCGGCAGAAUUGGAAGAUAUUCUGCUGGGCCAUGAGGCUGUCGCUGAUGCUGCUGUUACUUCAAUCCCUGAUGCGUAUUCUGGAGAACGGCCCAAGGCGUUUGUGGUUGCGAAAGAAACUGGUCUUGAUGAAGCGGCUCUAGUGGAGCUUGGGCGACAGUUGAUUAAGUACGUUCAUGAUAACAAGGUCCGGCACAAGGCGGUUGCGGAAGUAGAAUUUGUAAAAGAGAUUCCUAAGAGUGCGAGUGGGAAGGUCUUACGAAGAAUGCUUAGGAACAAGCCUGCUAGUGGACUGGUGGUUCGUGAGAAUGUGCGGGCAAAGCUAUGA